UUAGUCAAAAGGAACUGUGCAGAAAUUUACAAUUCGGGUAAACGAAGGGACGGCGUGUACACCAUCAAACCUGAUAAUUUGCCUGCCUUUGAUGUAUUCUGUGACCAAACAACAGCCGGUGGUGGGUGGUCAGUGUUCCAGAAAAGACUGAACGGCUCGGUUGAUUUCUACCGCUACUGGAAUGACUACAAACGUGGUUUUGGUGAUCUGAAAAGUGAAUUUUGGUUGGGACUGGACAAGAUUCACCGGCUGACCUCAGAUAAUAACAGCAUGCUGCGUGUGGACUUGGAAGACUUUGAAGGGAACACUCGAUAUGCUGAGUAUAACAUGUUUGGUGUUAUGAGUGAGAAAGACAAGUACAAGCUGAUCCUUGGUUCUUAUUCAGGUAGAACUGUCAUUUCGUCGCUUCUAUUCUAGUCAUUCUAAGAGGGAGAAGGGAGGGGGGGGAGGGGGAGGAGGAGAGUGCUGAGUAAUGUAAAUAUGCUUAGCGUAUUUUAAAUCAAUAGCUUUGGAGAACAAAAGAGUGCGUAAGCUCAGCUCAUCGAUGUGCGAUCCUGGACAGGGCAAACCGGACGUUGAUAAGUCCAAAGGUAUUCGCCGGUGGAUCAUGCGCAGUUAACCUGACGGACUAGUUUAACUCUGAUGAAUGCCUCGGCAAACAUAUUUAUUAGCAUUAUCACAGUUAGCGAUUCAAUCCCUAGAAUCUUCGACAUGAAUCAUAGAUAUUAGUAAGAAUACUUUUACUCCAUUUUGUUAUUGUUGAAUUAUACUUAUCUGAUAUUUCAUGAUUUCUUUUGAAUUACGAACGGCUCGUUGUUGGUGAAACAUAAUACUCAUAUUGCUGCUUGUUUUGUCAGGACCUUCUGGUGACUCUCUUGCUUAUCAUCGCGGUAUGCCGUUCACCACUAGAGAUCAAGAUAAUGGCAAUAGGGGAGGUCAAAACUGUGCCAUUGAGUACCAAGGAGCCUGGUGGUACAAUUGGUGUUACAAAUCGAAUCUCAAUGGCUUAUAUCAUCGUGGCAAUCACUCCUCCGAUGCUUAUGGAGUGAACUGGUUUCACUGGAAAGGAUAUCGUUACUCUCUAAAGAGAACCGAGAUGAAAAUAAGACCAGUGGAAUUCUGA